AUGUCUAAAAGUCAAAAUAUUUUUACAGAAUUAAAAAAAUUUUCAGUUAACAGCUCUAUAGAAACGCAAACAAGACGUAAAAAACGUAAGCUACUAAAAGCGAAUAAAGGGAGUCAUAAGAACAAAAAGCAUAAAAAGGAGGAUUUUAUAGACGUAAAUGACCUUGAUUGGUCUGAGGUCGUAUGUCCAGAAUCUGUAUUUCUAGGUGAUGAGGAUUUGGGUGGUUUUCUAUGUUUGGAAGAAAUCGAUAAUGUUGACGUUGAAUAUAAGGAAACCGCUACUAAGGGGAGCACGAUUAGAUUUAAGAAAGUUGCAUCUAAUAAACCGAUCACAAAAAAAAAAAAUCCACCUGCAAAGCCUCACGAGCCAUUAUCAAUAGAAGAAUUAUCAAAGUUUCAUGAUUUGGACACAUUCAAUGAACAAUCCUUUUUAAAGGGUCAACAAUCAUACCAUGACGUGGCGCCUGUUUCUCAUUCAGAUGAAAAUUUGGUGUCAAAGCAUGAUGAAGAUGGUUCGAAUCUUCAACUUGGAAAUGAAAAUAUUGAUGUCUCUGCCUGGAGAGAGUUUAACCUUUCUUUAACUAUAAUGAACGGAUUAAAAGCUCUCAAAUUUGAAAGGCCAACACCAAUUCAAGAAAAGACUCUUCAUGCAAGUCUGAACGGACGAGAUGUCAUUGGCAAAGCAGAAACAGGAUCGGGAAAAACACUUGCUUUUGGAAUUCCAAUAUUGGAGUAUAUAAUCAAGCGAAAAAAAAAGGAUUCUGAAAACCAAUUGGUCGCUCUUAUCCUGACACCAACAAGAGAAUUGGCUAUGCAAAUUAAAGUUCAUCUUCAAAAUGUUGGAAAGUUCGCUACAAAUAACAUAAUGACAAUUGUUGGAGGUAUGGCGAUUCAAAAACAAAAACGAUUACUUGAAAAGAAUCCUAACAUAAUUGUUGGUACUCCGGGACGAUUAUGGGAACUUCUUUCCGAGAAUGAUGAAUACAUAAAUGCACUUCGUCAUAUCCGAUUCUUGGUCCUUGAUGAAGCGGAUAGGAUGUUAGAGGCUGGACAUUUCAAAGAACUGAAUUAUAUACUUUCAAUGUUGUCAAGGAGUAAACAAGAACAGAAUGUCGAUAACAAAAUAAUACUAGAUGCCAAAAGAGAUCUUCCCGCAAGGCAAACAUUUAUAUUCUCAGCUACUUUAGAUAACAAUUUUAAAAGUAAUCCAAAACGAAAAAAACCACUUGAUGGGGUUUUGAAUUCACAAGGAACAACUGCUGAACUGAUGAGUAGGAUAGAGUUUAGAGAUUCUAACCCAUUAUAUAUAGAUAUUACUCCAAAAGGUUCCGUCGUGGAAACUCUGCAAGAAUCUAAAAUUGAUUGUUUAGCUAAAGAGAAGGAUUUAUAUAUGUAUUAUUUCGUUACACGAUAUCCCGGCAGAACUCUUGUGUUUGUGAAUAGUAUUGAUACGAUUCGUCGAUUGAUCCCGAUGAUGAGAUUACUUAAUAUAGAAGUUUUUGCCCUUCAUGCCCAGAUGCAGCAAAGACAAAGGUUAAAAAAUUUGGAUCGGUUCAAGCAAAAUUCAAACGCGGUGAUGGUUGCUAGUGACGUGGCGGCUCGAGGACUGGAUAUUCCACUCGUUGAUCAUGUGAUACAUUAUCAGUUGCCACGUUCUGGAGAUAUAUAUGUCCAUCGAAGUGGUCGUACAGCUCGUGCGCGUAAUGAAGGUAUUAGUUUGAUGUUAUGCAGUCCAGAAGAGUCAAGUUUGUACCGAAAAAUUUGUCAAGAGUUGAAGAAGGUCAAUGGGAUAGCUAAUUUUCCAAUCGAUGGUGGAAUAAUCAAUUCCAUGAAGCAACGUAUUGAUUUGGCAAGACAAAUCGAUCAAGAAGAACACAAAUUGCAAAAGGGCAACCAUGAUGAUGAAUGGUUUAAGAAAGUCGCAGAAGAUCUAGAG